ACAAGUUCCAUUGAAGUUUAGUUGCUUGCCUCCACUCGAGUCGCUAGGUCGUGUAUUGUUACGAUUUUCUUUGGAUUAAAGACUCAAUAUUUUAACUUUUGCGUGAACUUAAAGUGAAGAUCGCGAUAUGUAUUGCGAAAAGCUUUUAACAGUGUGCUAAUUAAUGCUUUUAUUAAGUCUAUAACAUUUAGUCUUAUUAGCAAUGACAGAAAAAGUAAAUUAAUUCGAUUGUUAACGUAAUACAUAUGGUGAAGUGAGAACACAUGUCGUAAAUAAAAGAGUAGACGAGAAAAAAAAAGAAUAUCCAAUAAUAAAGAAAAAUAUCUGUGAUGCAUACAUGCUUAAAAUUGAUAUUAUUAAUAGCUGCUGUUUACCAAAGAAGAUCAGUCAAUGGACUCGCAAUAUCACCUCCUAGUUGGUCUGAUCCAAAUGUCAAUCCAUGUGCGCGAAUGUCAAAUGGGUGGCAACAUCUUUAUUACUCUCCGCUCAAAGGAUGUUUCAAAAUAUUUACUUUAGGAUAUCCAUGUCCUGAAACGAUGGAAUUAAGUCCAAUAAAAAAUGGAAUGACCGGUUAUGGAGAAUGUUCUUGUACGCCAGGAACAGUUCAAUUAAAUAAUAAUUCAUCCUCACCAUGCUAUAAAAUAUUUGAUCGUGGACCAUGCGAUGAGGGUCACUAUGUAAAUCCAGUAUCAAAUGAUAAAAUUGUCAAAACUAGUCAACGCUAUGGUGAAUGUAAGAAAUUAAAAUCUUGUCCACCAAAUAAGCUCUUUUAUCCAGAAAAGAAUGAGUGCCAUGAAGCAUUAACUCAAGGUCCGUGUCUCAACGGAAAGCUUUUGUACACUGAUGAAAAUUCUAUUCCAAAGUGCACGUGUUCAGCUAAAGGAGCGCUUGCAAAAUUUUAUCACCGUGAAACCAAAACGUGCCAUAAACAUUUUACUAAAGGAAGCUGUCCACAAGGAAGAUUAUUCUUGCCUACACAGUCUUGUGGAUGCGAUUCUUCACUAGCUCAAUAUCACAACGAAACAAAUCAAUGUUAUGAACUUGGAUCUUCAGGUCCGUGUCCGAAUCAUGGAUUUGAGUUUACAUUAAAUUCUCAAAAUGAAAAAUAUGCAACUUGUCAAUGUAAAGCAGGAUAUGUAAAAAUGCAGAAUGGAUUAUGCUAUAGAAAAUGGACAAAGGGUCCAUGUAUUGACGGAGAAGUUGUAUCAGAUGAAAAUAAAUGCAUAAAAAAUCCAUGCGAAAAGAAUUUCCUUUAUUUCCCUCAAGAGCAAACAUGCUAUCGAAUUGGAUCAAGAGGACCAUGCUCGCCUCAACAAGUUGUUGUAUUUGACUUUACUGUCAAAGUCAGUUUAGAUGGAGUUUCACAUAAUGGCAUGUGUGGAUGUUCUGGCAUAAUUAAAACAUUAGAUCAAUCAUGUCUGAAAGAAGAUGAUGCUCCAAAAUCAAUGUGUGAAUCGCCUUACGUAGAAUUCAAAGGUGGCUGCUUCAAACUUUAUUCAAAAGGACCAUGUGGAAAUGGACAGUGGCUAGAACGUGACAAAGAUCAUAAAGGAUCUGGAGCAAUUAAGUGUCAAUGCAAGCCUGGCUAUAUGCCUUAUGACAAUACAGAAACGGAAUAUGGAGUUAGUGGAUGUCUCGGGCCCACAGUUAUGAUCGCAAGGUUUUUAAAUGGCAAUAGAACUUAUAAAUUUGGAUUCCAAAGAUGGAAUCACGUAGACGUUGUUGCAUGAUCUCCUGCAUGUAAAAAAUUAACUAAGUAGUGUGUACAAAUGAAGAAUAAUAAUUUUUUUAUUCACAGGAUAUUUUAUGGCCUAAUGGAGUACAUCACACCAUACUUUGAGAACUAAGUAAUGCUGAUGAAUAAAUUCACUAAGUUCAAACAAAA